AUUCCACCUGCAUUAAAACACACUCUUAAUCAUCAACAUUACUGUUAUGAAUGUCAAUGAUGAGCACUAUAACCUCAGAAUUCAGCAUUACAAAACAGCAUUCUUUCCCUUAUUAUAGGUAUACAACUGGUCCACUUACAGUGAAGGCAGCUUAAACAAUCUUGGUGUAUUUUCAGAGCUAUCAAAAAACAAAACAUAGAAAUCAUCAUACUAUCAAAAUUACAAACCCUGCUUCUGUACCUCAGACCCAUCACUUAUUUCCUGACCACAAAAUCCAAAAGCAGGUUUGCUAUUAAAUGUUUAGAUUCUGUUUGGUAAAUCACAGAAAGAAUCAAGAAUAAGGAAUACCUCUCAGGAACAGUGUACAAUCACAAACAUGCAGCUUGUUUUAUUGAAUGCCCAAUCACCUGAAAAACACAAAGACUUAUGAUUAGAAGUCACUAGAUGCAUUAGUGCUCAGGGAAAGAAUAGUCAGCAGGAAGGAUGAAAAAAUCCAGAUAAUGUAUAUGUCCAAGAGACCAAUAAUGUGAGAAGGGAAGUUAGCAUCUUCUGAAAUAGAGAACAGGUUGGACGUCAAAAGAAUAUGCUCAAUAUUGUGAAAGAGAAAACAUUGUAAAAUAAAACAGGACUUCAUAUUGUUCUUGACUGUUGACAAAAAUGACGAAGGUCAAUUGAUAUGAAGUUAACCCAUAAUAAAGUAAAUUAAAAGUAGUUAGCCCUAAAUUAUACGUUUUCAAAGCAGAACAUGUAAGACCGUAGAGUAAAGUUGUGUCCAACCCUUCCUUGUCAAUGUUCUAUUCCAUCUACAGAGAGCACUGAAGUUUGUGGGUGUGUGCUUGUGUUUGUGUGUGUGUGUUUUAGAGACUCACGGCCCGUUUCUGUAAGCACAGAUCAAUCGACCCCUCAAUCAUUCUCUUUACAAAGUGCAGAGACUUCUGUAGGUAAACUGCCAACUGCCACUGGUUUUCCUCCAUGUUGGGUGGAGAUGAAGUCUUCAUCUUCCUCCUUCAAGCACUGCAAAAAGCAACAACAAACCAAGCUUGUUUGUGAUUGCCUUGCUUGUGACGAACUCUAACCUGAACAAACUUAGUGAGGCGGAGGUCCAUCUGCAUAAGAAUGUCUUCCCAAGCUUCAAACAUACAGGGUCCAAAUUUAGCGGUGCUCAGUAAGCGUCAGGGCCUGAGACAGAUGGGACAGCAGGCCACUCUGCAGCCACUCUAACCGGCUCACCUCAGAGCACUCGGCAAAAUAAGACAAAAGAAACAUAGACCAGAGAAAAGACCCACAACUCCAUGAAGAAAGAAGUACAUCUUUUCUAAUUUUCUUGGAUAGAGAACUUCAGAAACACUGGAACCUUCUGACAGGGACGGAUAUUUGCCAAAAUUGACUUAAGGAUGCAGGACGGGAGCUGGAAUGACACACUCCCCCCCUCUCUGCUGAUGAAAGAGGCGUGUCCUACAGGGGGCGUGUCCUUGGAGGGGGAUGGGAGCAUGCUUUUGUUGCCACCUCUUGAUGGUGAGGUUUACUUGGACUCAGUGGCUGAGCUAGAGAGUGGGGACGGGGACUUUCCAGAACUUUCUGCUUUCCUGAGCCAGGAUGAGAUCAGCCUCAGUCUGGACCUGGCUCGAGAAGCAAUGAGUGACGCAGGUGACCCAAAUGACCAAGAUGAACCCCCCGUUCCCACAGAGCACCUGCCCCUUUACUCAGAAACCAAAGACCCCAUUCUUCCAGAUUCAGCAUCUCAGUCUACUGACACCAAAUCAGGUAAAGUCACAUCCAAUCAGAGCAUGCCGCUCAGCAGGCCUAACCAGCUCUGUAAUGCUCCUGAAUCACCCGAAAAGUUUGUCUGCCAAAAAUCCAUCACACCAGUAUAUAAGCAGGACCGUCCCCGGCUGGUCCACGGAGGCCUGGAGCUCAAUGAACGAGCUGCUUCAACUUCUGAGUUCUGCAGCCGAGCUGCUACCUUCAUUGAAGAGCUCUCUUCCAUCUUCAAAGGCUCCACUCGUGUGGACCAGCAAGGUGAUGAAGACUCCUCUUCACCUGACAGUGGCUACUUGUCUCCAAGGAGCCAGCGGCUGGCCAUGCAGCAGGCUCAGCCACCUCUAUCCUCUUCAUCUUCCUCUGAGCCCCAGCAGGAAAGUAUGCAGCAGGUUCGGGCUGAUGUUGGCUCAGAUGAGCAUCAGGGUCGAGGGGUUAGUCUAGAUGGACCCAAGAGCCCUCCACGUUUCACCCAGAAACUGAAGAGCCAGGAAGUAGCAGAAGGAAGCCCUAUCCGCCUUGAAUGCAGAGUGUCUGGAAACCCCCUUCCACUAGUCAGGUAGGAUAACCUGGUUCAUGGUACUCAGGUAUCACCAGUACCCCUUAACUUUGGGUUGUGUUGUCUAAAAUGAUUUUGUUUUUUAGCAACUUGUUCGGGACUUUUUAAAGCACAAGGUGGUUUCUUGUUUUUGUGGUAAUAUGAAAUAACAUGAAAUAAAACAUAAAAAAGAAAAUGAAAAUUCUCAAGGGAAUGCUUGAUUCUCUGCUUGUUCUCAGCUGAAACAUACUGGGUAUAAAAUAGAACUAUGAUGAAACUUUAGGAAUUUUUAGUGAACUUGUUCUUUUGUUUAUUCGUCAAAAGCCCGUGCAAGGAAGAAACUAGCUGUUCCCGUCCUAGAUUGCUCUGUUUACUGGGCGAGCAUGAUUUCACCAAGUACAACAUGUUCCUGGAUCAACACCCUUGUCUUAUUUGGCAAAUGUGUGAAUGAGAUCUUACAGUAAGCAAGACAUUUAUGAGUGCCCUUUUUACUUGGUGAUUCAGGAAUUUGAUAUUUGUUCCCUGCCAGCACUGGAAAGUUAACAAACACACAGAUGCUAUUUUUAGUGAUGCCACUGCAGUCUUGCUGGUGCGGCGCCAAACUCAGUCCCCCCUGCGAGUGACUCCUCAGCGCUGUGUAAACUCAGAAUGAUUUCUGCAAAUGUUCCAGAGGAACACAAACACAAAGGGAGUGUGUGAAUUACUGAAUGCCUUUCAGGAGAGUUGACUUUUAAAUAUAAUUUUUGUCAGUAAUUUUUGAGGUUCUUGUGAGAUGCAAAUCUUGAUAUGUUUUGUGCUAUAUACAACUAAAGUGACUUAUAUUUUGUAGAUUUACUGUCCAAUACAUAUAAUAAAUAAACAUAUAAUAGAAGUCUUAAUUAGUGGAAUCAAAGCCCUUCCAAACCCCCCAUAAUUCAGGCACUGAACAUAAACAUAUCAAUGGCUCUGCUUUCUAUAAAUGUAAGCUGUUGUUGAUGAUCUAAAUAACUCAGAUGUCAUACUAGAUCUACCAUAUUUUCUCCAUUUGGACAUUGCAUUAUUGAAAUUCAGCAUUGUUGACCUAUAUGCUUCCAGCUCACAUUAUUGAGAUGGCAGCACUAAGCAGAGAUCAGCAGAGAUCAUCUGAGAGAGCAUGUUAUGUGUGUGCAGAUGUUUCAGAGAUAUUGUUGAUGGUGAACUGCUACUCGAGUGGGAUAUUCCACAUUGUGUGUGGGCAUAGUGUCCAAUGUGGAAAUUAGUGGUGAAAGACGGAUCACAGAAUGCCUGUGUGGUCCCAUUCCCCACCUUAAGAAUCAUGUUGGUGCAGCUGCUGUUUGAGUGGGGAUGUUUACUUGCAUUCAGUAGACGUUUUCAUUCCAGUAACUGCUGGUGUCUUCGAGCUCAGUGUGUCUUGUAAGAAGCGAUAAGGUCUGUGAACUCUCCAGCUCUUUUGUUAAUCUGCUAGCCCUGUUCUUCUCAUUAAAAUUAAAAGUGCAACUCAACACCUUGACUUAGUGGUUUAAAAGGUCAUUUUUAUUACAGAUGAUCCCUCCACUCCAUUGAUAACACUGAGUUAUAAUAAAAUAUUAUUAGAACAAGUAGUCGCUAUCAGUCAAAUGUAAUUCCUAUUGGCAUGUUUGUACUUGCAUGUAAGUCUGUUGUUGUUGUUGUUGUUUCCACUGUUCAAAAUCCCCAUGGAUAUUCAAAAGUUGAAUAAACAGAUACUGACAACAAACUUGUAAAGUGAGCAGUGGAUAAAAAGCUUUUAACCCUUUAGCUGUCGCCCCGUCCUGUAAACAGGACACCUACAUUUACUUCACUAUAUUACAAUUAAAUCAUAUCUAAUUUUGACAAACUAUAUAUCAUUAGAAAGGUUUAAGACUCCCAAAUAUAUAUUUUACCAAUGUUUUUUUUUGUUAAAAAUUAUGUAGGAAAAGUAAGAGAUUCAUUUAUGACAAGUGUGCACCCUCAAAAAUCUACAUUAUGGUUAUAGAUAAACAUAAAAAGACACUCUGCAAGUUCCUUACAUUCUGUGCAAGAAAAUGUAUUCUCUUGAACUGGUUAGUUGAUAAAGCCCCUUCUUGGUCACUAUGGCACAGGGUUAUAUUGGAAUACGUUUCAUUAGAUUAUCUAACCUGUGCAUCUUAUAAUAAAGAUGUCCUAUUUUAUAGAAGGUGGGACCCAUUUCUGACAUAUAUGGGCUUAGAUAUAUCCUCAAUUCUUAUUAGAGGGUUUGUUUGAUGAGGUUUAAAUGUGUGGCACAUUGGUGCAAAAAAAAAAAAAAAGAUAUAUUGUU